CCCAAUAGUUAUGAAUCACCCUGUAUAGUGAAUAUCUACUCAUGCUCAACCCGACGGAAUUGAGUUCGAUCGAAAUUGAUAUCGCAAUUAGACUCCAUUAGAGACUGGAGUCGAGAAUUUCCAUUUAUUGCUGAAGAGUCCUAAUAAGGAUGACUUUCUCUUUAGUGGGCAAAAUCAAAGGCGCAGAGUGUUGAAAAUAUUUUGAGUGUUGAAAAUAUUUUUUAUCUCUGCUAUUUUCUUUCGACGUUAUUCAAUAAUCAUCAUUGGUUACUUAUGAACCUCUACUAAAGAUACCCAUAAAAUAUUUUGCUGAAUAUCCGAAUAUCUUCUAUAUCCUGGGAUAUAGACGGACAUUUGGAUAUCCAUAUUAGAUCCACUGGAUAUAUUGGAUACCCACAAAAUAUAUUCUGUGGAUAUCUCUGGGAUUUCUUGUAUUGUCUGGAAGAUACCCAUUAGAUAUUUUGCUGGAUAUCCAUAGGAUAUCUUCUAUAUUCUGGAUAUAGACGGACAUUUGGAUAUCCAUAUUAGAUCCACGGGAUAUUUCUGAUAUCCUGUGGAUAUAUUGGAUAUCCACAAAAGAUAUUAUGUGGAUAUCUCUGGGAUUUGGUGUGUUGUCUGGGUUUAUAUUUACAAUGAAUUUGAGGAAAAGGGAUAGACAUAUUAACAUGCAAGAAAAUUCCGAUAAAAAGAGAGCUUCUUAAAGUCUGUAUGUCAAUUUUUGAUCCACUGGGGUUUCUAUGCAAUAUUAUGAUCACAAUCAAAAUAAUUUUACAGCAAAUUUAGAAGCUGAAAAUAGGAUGGGAUGACGAAAUACCCUCAACAUUAAAUCAAUAUUGGGAAAUAUGGAUAUCUGAAGUUCAGAAAUUGAUUCCUAAUUUACAAAUACCUAGAAGUUAUGGCCUUUUCACAAACUUAAGCGAAUCAGAGUACACAGAAUUACAUGGUUUUUGCGACGCUAGCCAAAAAGCUUACGCUGCCGUGGUGUAUCUACGCUUUAGACGAGGAAAUACCUACGAGUCAUCACUCGUAUUUGCUAAGACUAGGGUAAGUCCUUUGAAGCAAACUUCUAUCCCUAGACUUGAACUUCAAGCAGCAGUGAUGGUUUCAAGGAUGAUUAAAGUUAUAACUUCUGAAAUCGAGGUAAAAAUUGAUAAAAUCUACCUGUGGAACGAUUCUAGAACCGUUUUAAUCUGGAUAAAAUCUGAAAAUUUAAGAUUUAAAAUAUUUGUCGCACACCGUAUUGGAGAGAUUCUUGAAAUUAUAGAUAGAAAUGAUUGGCAGUGGAUAUCAACAAAAGAAAACGUUGCGGACGAAGCUACGCGUGCUGCAAAACACAUGUUUUAUUUAGAAAGAUGGUUUUAUGGGCCAAAGUUUUUACAGCUAAAUAAAGAACUGCCAAUACAAGACCUUGAGAGAGAAAACAGACAAGAAAUUUCCGAAGACGAAUUAGAAAUCAGAAAAUCACCUAUAAUGACUUUACAAAAUAUCUCGAAUCAAUCUGUAUAUCUACCAGACCCAAGAAGAUUUUCUAAAUUGGAGAGGUUAGUUAGGAGCACUGCUUGGGUGUUAAGGUUUUCAAAAGCGUUAACGAAAACUAGAGUGGAGAGUAAUAGGAAAUACAGAAUUAACAGGAAGUUAAUGAAUUUCAAAAAUUUAGAGGCCCUGACAGUUGAUGAAAUUGAAAACGCAGAGAAUAGUUGGAGAUACAAAAAGAAUAUUAUGGAGAAGAAAUCAAACAAAUCAAUGAUGGAAAAAAUAUAGAAAAAUCUAGUAAAAUUUAUAAAUUGUCACCUUUUUUAGACCAUAAUAAUGGAAUGCUCUGUUCAAAAGGAAGAUUACGCACUGAAAUAAAAGACAUUUCAAUUAGACGAGACCCAAUAAUUUUAGAUGCAAAACAUGAAUUUACAAAAUUACUUAUAGAUUAUUUCCACAGAAGUUUUCAUAGUGGAGCAGAAUUUGUAUUAAACGAAAUAAGGCAAAAAUUUUGCAUUCCCAGGUUAAGGAAUUCUACGAAAAACAUUUUAAGAAAUUGUCAAUGGUGUAAAAAUCGUAGAGUCAAGCCAGUGGUACCAGAAAUGGGAUUCUUACCAGAUGCUCGAUUAGCAGUGUUUGAAAAACCGUUUUCACGGACUGGCAUGGACUAUUUUGGUCCCAUAAUAGUAACUGUGGGUAGAAGACAUGAAAACAGAUAUGGCGUGAUUUUCACCUGUCUAACAACGAGCGCCGUCCAUAUCGAAGUAACUCUGAAUACAGCAUCAGUUAUUAUGGCACUAAAAAGGCCAGUUGGUAGACGAGGUACUGUCAAUGAAAUUUUUUCCGACAACGGCACAAACUUUCACGGAGAUAACAGAGAAUUAUUAGAAAAUAUUAAGAACUUAGGCGAAAAUGACCU